UCUGGGUGUUACAGCAAGACUAUGGGGUAGCUCAUAAAUUCCAAGAGGUUGGGCCAUUGUCCUGUGAUGUGACAAAUCCAGGUGUUUCCAGAAUAUUAAUCCAGCAGAAGAAUAGACUGAAGGAAAGAAAUCAGAAAGCUAGGAGAUUGGUUUAGAGUCCUUGGUUGCAGACUUGAACGUACGUUGCAUGAGUUUCUAAAUGCAGUGAUGAGAAGAAAGGUGUGAUGGCCAACAGCCUUGGUCAGAGGUGAAAGGACAUAAGCUGGAGCACUGUGAGGAUGUUGCCCUUCAUACUGGCAAGAACUCUGCCCAGCCGUGGCUUUCUUUCCUUCGUCUACAACUGGGAGAACACUGGAGACAUCAGAUGUUGUAUAAGGACUAAGAAUGAACCGUGGAGAUGCUUAGCAUCUGGAUGCUAUUUGUAGAGAUGUGCUAGGUGACAUGUACUAGAAUCUUGUAUUUUGAAGAACCUGCUAGAUAUGACUAGAAAAGUAAAGGAGAAAAUAACUCCAGCACUGAGCGACUAGAGAACUGGAAGGGGGCCCUUGAUAUCACAGUGGGCACUGGGGACUACAUGUCCCCGGGACCUCAAACCCCAGACUCACCGUCCCUUGAAUACACAUCCAGUAUGGUCCAAGCGCAGGCAUACUACAGGGAGUCCACCCUGCCCAGAGUGCCCCCUCACUGGUAUUGAGGACACCCCAGGGAAGGUUGGCCUGUCUGCCUCAUGGAUAUUAAGGACACCCCAGGGAAGGUUGGCCUGUCCUCUCUAUUUCCAGAGGCAGCCUGUUAUCCUCCAUGGCCACCUCUUCACCCAAGUACCCAAGGACUUCAUCAAGCACACCACACAUCAGACUCCAAGGUUUAACCAAACCUUAUGAAGGCUGUGGGAAUUACAAACGAAACUCAAUUCAGAAAAGGCAAGUGAAGCCUCAGCAGAGGGUCCUCAGUGCUUUCCCCGUUCUUAGUCCCUUGCUGUCUUCUGCCAUGUUAUAGGGACUGCUUUUCUUUUACAGGGGGUCCCCUCACCCUGCCCUUGGCCCCGGAGACAGUAGGAGACCCUCUGCUCCCCUGAGCCCAGGCCUGCCUCCCACUUCCCAUCAGGUUGAGCCACAAGAGGAAACAUGGGUCUUAAAGAACUUUCCAUUCCACCCGCCACCACCUUGGCAAGGCGGCCAGACACAUCUCCGAAGUCUGGCUCACUCGGGCCAGCUCUCUUCACGGCCUGUCUUCCAGCGAGAGGCAAAGCAGAGAUCAGACCUGCACAUGCUCUUCCUGGCGGAACUGGCCUUAUAGGCACUCCUGGGUGAGUAAACAGGGAGACAUCUAAGAACAAAUGCUUCUCAGAAACAGUUCAGUCUAAACUCAUGCUGAAGGGAGAAUAAGCCAGCCACAGGCUGGAGAGACCCCCACCUACAUUACUAAGUAACAGGAAAGGCUAAGAUUUGGAGCCUUCCUCUGGUUCAGAUCUAUUCCCAGAAUGAUGGAAGAUGCUUACCUAUUAACAAUGUUUUUAUAUUCAAAAUCCCACCCAGGAGGUCUCUCCCGAUAGGAAGGAACCAUCCUCUAAGGCAAUUCCAGCGUCUCCCCUGAAAUGUACAUCCAUUACUGAGCCUUGGAUUGCUGUUGCUUCCCGCUGCUUCCACAAUUUUAAGGUCUUCAGCAACAGGAGAAAACAGCAGGAAAAUCUAAAGUGCAAUUGACUGCCUCUGAGAUGUCACUAGCAGAAAAAGGGAACGCAAAGAAAAGGCAAGAUUUGAAAGACAGAGGUGACACCUUCCGUUCCAAACAUCUGGGGGAUCACCUUUUCGGAAGUCAGACUCAAAGCCCUGCGUUCUGGCAUGAGUGAGUUCUUCUACAUGUAGGGGUGCUCCUGGAAAGAUCUUACUUUUUAAGAUGGCAGGUAAGGGGCCUUCAGUUGGAGAAUCUUGCCAGCUGUUUCUCAAAGCCAAAAAUAUCUUACUGUCUGAAACAUGUGGUCCUGAGUAGUUCAAGUUGACCCAUGUAGAUUUAUAUUUGCAGAGCCGCCAAGGAAGAUUAGGAAAAAAUGUGUCCGAUCUUACUCAACUCUGAACAUUGCAUGAGUCAGACAUUUUCCUAGCUCUCUGUUUGUGUAAUAGGUUCAUGCUUAUGGAUUCUUGGCGAUGUAUCUUUCGCGAACAAAAUUCAAAAGAGACCAUUCAAAGGGCCUCCCACGAAAGCUGCUGCAGAGCCCAGACAUUCAGGAGCCAAGAGUGAAGGGAGCAAAAGCCAUCUCUCAAUGUUCACCGAGACUUUGCAAGCCUUGGGGCAAGUUGGCGAUGCCAAAACAUGUCUUAGGGCACGUUUAUCAACAUACAGGUCUUGAGCGGGAUCGGGAGGCUCCACAGAUGUUACCGAAGUAAAGGGGGAGGCGGUAGCUGAAUAAUCUCUUAUCAUCCCUAAAGUGCAAAGUGAAAUGAGAAUGGAGUUCUUCCAAAUCCACUUGGAGUGAGUCCCAAAAGACUCACUUUUACGGCAAUCCCCACAAUGACAUCAUCAGGGCAGAGGUUAUAUAAUUUAAAGCCACGUUUCCACAGAGCUUCCCAGAAGAGAAAACACCUCCGAAGGCAGCUCUCACCAUCAGAAAACCCACCUAAGGUUGUGAACACCUUCAUUUGCUGCCUGAGUCAUGUACAUGGCAACCUGGGCCCCUCUACAGCUCCAGUCCUCCAACCAGAGCCAGCUCUCCCCUGAAAAUGCUACAGCCUGCGACAAUGCUCCGGAAGCCUGGGACCUGCUGCACAGAGUACUGCCGACAUUUAUCAUCUCCAUCUGCUUCUUCGGCCUCCUGGGAAACCUUUUUGUCCUGUCGGUCUUCCUCCUGCCCCGGCGGCGACUGAACGUGGCAGAAAUCUACCUGGCCAACCUGGCGGCCUCUGAUCUGGUGUUUGUCUUGGGCUUGCCCUUCUGGGCAGAGAAUAUCUGGAACCAGUUUAACUGGCCUUUCGGGGCCCUCCUCUGCCGUGUCAUCAACGGGGUCAUCAAGGCCAAUUUGUUCACCAGCAUCUUCCUGGUGGUGGCCAUCAGCCAGGACCGCUACCGCGUACUGGUAUAUCCUAUGGCCAGUCGGAGGAGGCAGCGGCGGAGGCAGGCCCAGGUUACCUGCAUGCUCAUCUGGGUUGUGGGGGGCCUCUUGAGUAUCCCCACAUUCCUGCUUCGAUCCCUUAAAGCCGUCCCAGAUCUGAACAUCACCGCCUGCAUCCUGCUCUUCCCCCAUGAGGCCUGGCACUUUGCAAGGAUCGUGGAGUUAAACAUUCUGGGUUUCCUCCUACCCCUGGCUGCGAUCAUCUUCUUCAACUACCACAUCCUGGCCUCCCUGCGAGGGCGGAAGGAGGCCAGCGGUAGGGGGUGCGGGGGCCGAAAGGAUGGCAAGACCACGGUGCUGAUCCUCAUGCUCGUGGCUGCCUUCUUGGUCUGCUGGGCCCCUUACCAUUUCUUUGCCUUCCUGGAAUUCUUAUUCCAGGUGCAAGCAGUCCAAGGCUGCUUCUGGGAGGACUUCAUCGACCUGGGCCUGCAACUGACCAACUUCUUUGCUUUCAUCAACAGCUCCCUGAAUCCAGUGAUUUAUGUCUUUGUGGGCCGGCUCUUCAGGACCAAGGUCUGGGAACUUUAUAAACAGUGCACCCCUAAAAGCCUUGCUCCAAUGUCUUCAUCCCAUAGGAAAGAAAUUUUCCAACUUUUCUGGCGGAAUUAAAACAGCAUUGAACCAAGAAUCUUGGCAUUCUUAUCAAUUCUUUGUGACAUACUAAAUGCUAUUGUGAUAGGCUAAAUAGUUACUCCCAUAGGUUGGGGGUUACCUAAUUCCUGGACUUUAUGAAUGUUACUUUCUAUGAUCAAGGGGACUUUACAGCUGUUACCAGCUAAAGUCUUGAGAUGGGGA